GUAUCCGUUAAACCGUUUUUUUUUUGAAAAAAAUGUACUGAAAACUGGUUGGUUCAACGACGAGAGGCUGGCGUUCAGUCUCCUCCGUCCGGAACCGCCCCCCACUCUCUCUCUCCCGCUCGCCGGUCGCCCCCCCCUCUCUCCCGGUCCCUCGCUCUCUCGCUCUCUCUCCUGGGCGUUCAUCUGCUGUGUGUGUAGUGGGUUUACGCCUCUCUGUCCCAACGGUAUCUUCCACAAAUUUUUCAUCUUUCGAUUUGGGUCUUCAACAAGUCUGCAGCACUUUUCUAAAUGGAUUCUUCAAGUUCACGCUUGGAUAAUGAGGGCAAAUUUGACGAUGCUUUAACCCAUCAAGACGACCAUAAAAAUGAUGUGGGUGAAAAAUCUGAAGAACCGAAGGAUGCAAUGACGUUUAUUUCGGAUGAAGAGUUGAAUGAUGAGGACGAAAAUGUGGCAUUACCCUUGAUGUUAAAGGAUGAUGAGAAAGUUGAAGAACCGAAGAAAUCAAUGACAUUUAGUUCAAUAGAAGAAGUUUGCUCAUAUUAUAGGACGUAUGCUAAGCAAGCUGGUUUUGGUAUAGCGUAUAGAACCUCGAGAAAAAAGAAUGGUAAAAAAAGUUACGCAAGACUUAUAUGUACUCGUGGAGCUCCAGAGCGAACCAGAACAUGCGAUGUUGCGAAGCCAAUUCCAGCAACUAAUAAAACAAGGUGUGGUGCCAAUAUUUGUGCGAAUUUAUGUGAAGAUGGAACGUGGUUUUUGAGUAAUGUUGAGCUGAAGCAUAAUCAUUCGUUAAGCCCGGGCAAAGCAAGAUUUUUUAGAAACAAUAGAAAAAUAAAUGAUGCUGCGAAAAGAAGGCUUGAGCUUAAUGACAGAACAGGAAUACGCCUAAGUAAGAAUUUUAAUUCAUUAGUUGUUGAAAGUGGGGGGUUUGAGAGUCUUUCCUUUGGAGAGAGAGAUUGCAAGAAUUAUAUUAACAAGGCAAGAGAGCUUCGUCUUGGUAAAGGAGGUGCUCAGGCACUUUGUAAUUAUUUUAGUAGAAUGCAAAAGCAGAAUGGUGGCUUCUACUUUGCGAUGGAUAUGGACGAUGAUUCUAGGUUACGAAAUGUUUUCUGGGCCGAUGCACGGAGUAGGGCAGCGUAUGAUUUCUUCAGGGAUGUUAUUACGUUUGACACAACUUACUUGACCAAUAGAUAUGACAUGCCAUUUGCUCCUUUUGUAGGAGUGAAUCAUCACGGUCAGUCUAUACUUUUAGGAGCAGGACUAAUUUCAAGCGAUGAUACAGACACAUUUGUGUGGUUGUUUAAAUCUUGGUUGGGAUGCAUGAACGGCCAAGUACCUAGAGCAAUUAUAACAGAACAAGAUAGAGCUAUGAAAAAUGCAAUCGCUAUUGUUUUCCCUGAAACUCGACAUAGAUAUUGUAUGUGGCAUAUUAUGAAAAAAUUCUUUGAAAAGUUUGGAUCACAUGCUAAUUUUGAUGGCAUUAAGAGUGCAAUACAUACUUGUUUGUAUGACUCCCAAACAUGUGAAGAGUACGAGGAAAAUUGGAAAGAUCUACUGGAGAAGUAUCAUCUUCAUGAUAAUGCAUGGCUGCAUGGCUUAUAUAUGGAGAAGACAUUUUGGGUGCCGGCAUACAUAAAAGAUACAUUUUGGGCGGGAAUGAAUACUACGCAGCGAAGUGAAAGUAUGAAUGCAUUUUUUGAUGGUUGCGUGCACCCACAUACCACAUUGAAAGAAUUUGUUGAUGAAUAUGAUUCUGCUUUAAGGAGAAUGGUUGAGAAUGAGACACGUGCUAAUUUCGAUUCUUUCAAUCGCACAAUCCCAUGUAUAAGCGCCUUGCAGUUGGAGAAACAGUUUCAAGCUGUUUACACAAAUGCGAAGUUCAAAGAAGUUCGUGAGCAAAUUGUAAAAGUUAUUGGCUGUACUAGCUCUCAUCUCAAAAGUGAAGGUGCGAUUUCUACCUUUGAAGUUAUUGAAGAUGUUACUAUUGGAGACCACAUAAUAGAAAAGAAAUUUAUUGUUAACUUGAAUGAAGAUGAAUUGGAUGUGAAGUGCACAUGUGCAUUGUUCGAAGUAAGAGGCAUAUUAUGCAAGCAUUCAAUUUCUGUGUUACGGACAAAGAAAGUGACAACGUUGCCACCAAGAUAUUUUCUAGACAGAUGGAGGAAGGAUAUUAAGCGAGAAUACUCGAAGCUUAAGAGAAGUUAUAAUGCCGUUUGUGAUAAUCCUAAUGUCGAAAUACAUGACAAGUUGAGAAAUAAUUUUGAAGAAUUACUAUCGCUCACAUCAGAAAAAGUGGAACGUUGCAUGGAUCUAAUGAAAAGAAUGAAUAAGUUAAAGGAGUUGUGGCGUUGCGAAAGUCAAUCUUCCCAUGUCAAGUAUCGUUCUUCAAGCACCCCUACGAAUGAACAUGAGAACUACUCCCCACUUCAAACUGGGAUGCAAAGAACUGAACAGAUUCUACAGCAUGAAAAAUCUGCUGCUGGCAUUUUGUGUCAAUUGAAAACACGGCAUGGUACUCAGGCUUCUCAUCUUCCGUUGACCAAGGAUGUGCUGGGUAUUGUUGCUACACUUGGAAAAGUAGAUGAUGAUAAUCUUAGCAGGCUUUUUGCAGAGUACUUAGGAGUGGAGUCCAUGCUGGCGAUUGUCUGUAAGACUUACGAAGGUGUUAAAGCUCUAGAAACAUAUGACAAGGAAGGAUGCAUAAAUACAAGUUCUGGUCUUCAUGGGCUUGGAACUUCCAUUGGGAGGGCUUUGGAUGGCCGGUUUCUCGUUAUUUGUCUUGAAAAUUUAAUACCAUAUGCGGGUGGGUUUGUAGCUGAUGACCCACAAAGAAGGCUUGAUCUUAUAAAGCCAAGAUUACCUAACGGGGAGUGUCCACCUGGGUUUCUUGGGUUUGCUGUGAAUAUGAUCAAUGUGGACAACACAAACUUAUUUUGUCUCACAGCCAGCGGGUAUGGCCUCAGGGAGACGCUAUUUUAUAGUCUCUUCUCUCGUCUGCAAGUAUAUAGAACAAGGGCUGCAAUGUUACUUACUCUUCCUUGUAUAAGUGAUGGAGCCCUUUCUUUAGAUGGUGGGAUGAUUAGGAGUACUGGUGUUUUUUCCCUGGGAAAUCGGGAGGAUAUAGAUGUGAAAUUCCCAAAGCCCUCGGUGACAUCAACUCUACCUGAAAACAACAUUGAAGCUGAGAAGCAGGUCAUGGAAACGAAAAGGAAAAAAGAAAAGGUGCAGGAAGAUAUCUAGAGAGAAGAAGCAUUGUUGCAUGCUGCGAAGUUCAAUUUUGAUAAAAAGAAGCAAGAGUUUCUCAAGUUCCUUGCUGAAACCUCAUCGUAUGCAACUCAGCAUCAAAUUCAAGGCAGCACCAGAUUGGUUGACCUCCAGAUGAUGUAUAGUUUGAACAGCCAAACCUAAAUAGAGUACAACUGGAGGAAAUGGAGGAGCUAUUACAGGCACUGUUUGUUAACUUGAGCUCUUACUGAAAUCCAUGCUCCAUUUAUGGCUUUGGGAGCAAGAAGAAUGUGGUGGGAAUGGAAAGUGAUGCUUUUUCUCAAUUCCAGUGAGGCUGCAGAUGCAGUCUUUGAGUGGAAUCAUGGGCAAAUUGUAAUGCAUGAUUAAAACUUACUGGAAAAGCUGUUGAGCAUCAUUUUGUUUUCAUCUCUGUGUAUAUGGGGGCAUUAUGUUCACCAUUAUGCGUAAUCUGGUCAUCAUAUGAUUCAUAUAUACUAACCGUUAUGUUGUAUA